AUGAAUAAUGAAAAUUUUGAAAAAAAAAAUGAAACAUUUCAUAUAAAUCAAAGUGUAGAAAAAAAUAUAAAUAAUAAUUUAAAUAAUAAAGAAUUGAUAGAAAAUAGCUAUUCAUGUAAUAAUGAAAAUGAAGAUAAAAUUUUAAACAGGCAAAAUAUUUUAAAACAAAAUGACGACAAAGAUGAAGAAGGAAGUUCAUCUUUUUUUAUAAAAGAAAAGAAAAUAGGAUCGUUAGAAAAAAAUGAAAAUAAAAAUGAAGAAAAAUUAACUAUUAGCAAGAAUAAUUUAUUUCAAGAAAUUAAUUUAUUAAUUAAAAAAAAACUAAAAAUAAAUGAUAUAAUAAAAAUUGAUUUAUUUUAUAAGGAUAACUGUACACAAAUAAAACCUUGUGUGUUAUUUGAAGAUUAUAAAUAUGUGAAUAUUGAAAACAAAAUAAAUAUAGAAAUUAUAAAUUUUCUAAAAAAUAGUUUAAAAAAAAAAAGAAAAUAUAUUGAUAUUCGUAAUAGUGUAGUUGAAAUACGAGGAAACUUUAACGAUGAAUUAAUAAACUUACCAGUUAUAAAUCAAAUUAUUUUACAAAAGAUAAAUAAUAAUAACUAUAAAUAUAAAUUUAAUAUAGAAAAUGAUGCACUAAAUUUUAUCUAUGUUGAUCUCUUUAAAAUACAUAAAAGUAAGUAUAAAUUUAAAAUUUUAGAAAAAAAAUUUGAAAUAGAAGAAUUGUAUUAUUAUGAUAUAAAAAAAGAAAAACAAAAUCAUAAAAAAGAAGAAGAAAAUUGUGAUAAUAAUAAUGAUAAGAAAACCAGUUCUUUGAGUAAUGGAAGCAAUAAAGAGGUAAAUACUAGUAUGUCUAGUGAUAAUAAUGAAAGUGAUGUAUUAAUAAAUUUAUAUAAUGAAGAAAAAAAAAAAGAGAAUUCAUUCAAUAAUAAUAUCAAAAAAAAAAAAAAAAAAAAAAUAAUAGUUGAUAAAGAUAAACUAUAUAUUGAAAAAUUAAAAAAGCUAGUUGAAGAAGAUAGUGAAAAUGAAACAAAUAAUUCCUCAAAUGAAAAAAGUUCAGAUAAUUCUAGUGAUGAAUCUAAUGAUAAAAAUAAGAUUUUAUAUAAAAGAAAAAUAGUUUAUUCAUUGGAUAGCAAAAAUAAUAAAACUAUAAUAAAUAUAUAUAAAGAAGUAGAAAAUGAUACCAUAUGUGUUUAUUAUCCAAAUAGCUCCUACAAUCAAUGUUUAAAUUUAAGCUGUUAUGAAAAUUUGACGAAUAGUAAUGAUACCAACUUCAAUAAUUAUGAUAUUUAUCUUCAUAAAAAGAAUGAUUUAAAUUCUUAUAAUAAUGAAAAUUCUUUAAGUGUAAAUAUUCUAAAUGAAGAAAAUAUAAAGAUAAAAAAGAGAUAUGUAAAAGAUAUAUCUAUUUAUAAUUUUUGUUGUGAUGAAAAAUACAAAGGUUGUAAUUUAUAUUUGCAUAUAGCAAAAAAUAAAAAAAUUAAAAAUUCAAAAAUAAAUUAUAAUAUUAAUUAUUAUGAUUUUGCUGAUAAUUAUGAUGUAAUUAAAAUGUAUGAAAUUAAAAAUAAUAUUAAUUCUAAUGCUAAUGCUAAUGCUAAUGCUAAUGCUAAUUCUAAUGCUAAUGCUAAUUCUAAUUCUAAUGCUAAUUCUAAUUUUAAUUCCACAUAUUCUGAAAAUAAGAAAAAAAAUAUUGGUAAACUAUUUGAGUUAGAAAAAGAUUUCAAAAUAAAUAUAGAUUUACAUAUAGAUAUAGAUAAGACUAUCAAAGAAUUUAAAAAAAAAUAUAACACAGAUAGCAAUGAUAACAAUACAAAUAGUGAUAACAAUAAUAGUAGUAUUACCAACAUAAUUAACUCUGAAAAAAAAAAAACGAGUAAAAUAGACUAUAUGAUUUAUAAUUUUUAUAAAAAUUUUGAAUGUUUAAUUAAUUUUAUGAAUAAAUUAAAGAAUGGCUCAACUAAGUUUGAAUAUUUUUAUCCUAAAAUGAUAGGAGAUGUAAAUGAAGAAAUAAGAAAACAUUAUGAUAAGAAAAAAGUAAUAUUAUUAAAAAAAUCAAAUAUUAAAUAUAUUCGUGUAUUUAAUAAUGAAGUGAAAAGAAUUAUGAUUUCUUUUUUUGUUCCAUUUAAUUCAAAAAUAUUAGAUUUAGCAUGCGGUCAUGGGCAAGAUAUGCUUAAAUAUAAUUUUGUAAGAAAUACAGUAUAUGUUGGAUUAGAUAUUUCUAAAAAGGAAAUAGAAUUAGCUAAAGAAAGGCUUAAUCAAAAUAACUUAAAAGGAUUAUGUAAAAAUGAUAAUUAUAUUUUCUUACAAGGAGAUAUUUUAAAUAAUAAAUUUUAUAGGAAAUGGAAAAGUAAAAACAUUAAGUUUGAUAUAAUUUCUAUCAAUUUGGCUCUACAUUAUGUUAUUUAUAAUGAAAGGUCAUCUAAGAAGUUUUUUAAAGUUAUUGAAAAUUUUUUAGAAGAUGAAGGAAUUUUUUUAGCAACAACUAUAUCAACUCAAACAUUGACUGAAUUUUUAAUGAAAAGAUCAAAUAUAGAAAUAAUUAAUGAUUCUUUUUCAUUAACAUUAGAAAAUGAUUUAUUUACAAUAAAGUUUGAUAAUGAAAAUUUAAUGAAAAUUUUCAAAAAUAAGAUAAUUUUAGAAGAAUUCAUGGAAUAUAUUAAGAACAAUAAUUCUAAUACGAAAAUGAAAUAUGAGUAUUUUUAUAAUUUAAUAAAAGAUUCUUUAGAAAAUAUUAUGGGUAUCAAAUAUUAUUUUUAUUUAUAUGAUACAAUAGAUGCACAUGAGUUUGUCAUACCUGAAAAAUAUUUAAAAAAAAAAUUAGAAGAAUUAAAUAUGGUUGAAUUAUUUAAUAAUACAGCAGUAAUGUUCCUUCAUUAUAUAACUAAUAAUUUAGAAACAUACAAAAAAUAUGAAAAUAUAAAAUAUUUUAAUUUAAUUAAUAAAACAAUUGAUAAACAUAUUUUUGAAAAUAUUAAAUCAAGAAUUAAUAAAAUUCAUGGAUAUAAUAAAGAUUCUAAAUUAUAUUAUGACAUUUGUUCGUUAUAUCAUGUUUAUGUUUAUAAGAAAAAUUUUGAUGCAUCAAUAUUAGGAAUAAUUUAG